AUCUUUUUGGUGCUGCAAUCGCCGCUGUUUGCUGGUGUGAGUCGGAAAGAUUUCUAGUUGCUGUUGGGAGUUAUAGUCUUCAUGUUACAUGAAAGAAGAAGACGACAAAGAUGACAGAGGAACCCAAUCCGAUUGAUUGCUGCUAUUUUUUGGUUCAAGAUAGUGGAAUUAUGAUGCAGAGGAAAGGGAAGAAGAAGAAACAGAUGCAAGGAGAUGGGUUAGGGAAUAAC